CAGACACCUUAACGCACACGCAAUGCUCCCAAGGGUUUCUCUGGGAAUUUAAGACAACUCAUCCGUUUUUUACCUCUUGAUCAAACAGUUGGCAUGAAGAGGCAUGAUUGCAUUACGCAGCUCUCUACCGUAAGACUGUGCUAAAGGACUCCAUACCUCACCAGCUGUCUCCAUGGCUCUCCUGUGCUGUGCCGUGUUUUUGCUGCUGUGUGUUUUUAACUCGUCCUCAACCACACUUGACACUGACAUGGACUAUGGAGGUGUUCCUCUGUGGAUAAAUCGCCUGCUGGGUGAGCCCAGCGUGAUGAGUCUGCACGGACGGAUGGACCGAGCCUGGUUCCGAGCCAACAACCCCCAGACCUGCCCGCAACAGUGUGACUGCCCCAUCCAGUGGCCCACGGCGCUCUACUGCGACCGCAGAGGCCUGGCAGACGUCCCUGACCGCCUGCCGGACAGAACUCAAUACCUGUUUCUGCAGGGCAACAACAUCACGUCCCUGUCCUCCUCUUUUCUGGCCAACGCUACUGAUCUACGCUGGCUAAUCCUGGACCACAACCAGCUGCAGAGCGACAAGCUGGACCAGACCGCUCUGCAGAACCAGACCCAGCUGUGCUACUUCUUUGCCAACCACAACCACCUGACAUCCGUGCCCAGCGCUCUACCAGCUGGACUCAAGCAGCUGCGACUGGCCCACAACCAAAUCAGCAGCUUCAGCCCCGGAGCUUUCCAGAACCUGCACAACCUGACGCUGCUGCUGCUGCAGGGAAACCGACUGCACACCAUCACAAACGGAGACCUCAAAGGUCUGGUCAGUCUGAGCCUGCUGGACCUCAGUGGGAAUUCGUUCUUGUCUGUCCCCAAGCAUUUACCCCCUUCUGUGCAGCAGCUCUAUCUGUCCAAUAACUCUUUCUCUGUGCUGGAUGAAGACAGCUUUGCGGGAUUCCUCAACCUUAAGUACCUUCGUCUAAGUCGCUGUGGUUUGCAGAGCAGUGGCGUCCACCUGGAGGUCUUUAACCUCUCCAGCUUGGUGGAACUGGACCUUUCUUAUAACAAACUUACAACCAUUCCCACAGUCCCCACCACCCUGCAGUACCUCUACCUGGAGGCCAAUGAAAUACAAGAUUUCAAUGUGACCAGUUUCUGCAGAGAGGUGGGACCUCUGUCCUACUCCAGGAUGAAGAUCCUGCGAUUGGAUGGAAACAAAAUGGCCUACCAGCAGCUGCCAUCUGACUGGGUGUAUUGCCUGCGGGUGCUUGAAAGUAUUUAUGUCUAAUUCACCUUAUGAACAUGAACAUGAACUGUAUGACUGGCCAACCUCAUGUAGAAAAUAA